CGUUAAUUCAGCUCCUCGAGGUCUCCGGUCAGGACGGGUGCACGCGACAGCUCGUUCAUGGCUCCGUGUAAGACCUGGCAGGUGCGCUGUGUCCUCUGCGCCGGUUUACUCCUGGCGGCCGCGCUCAUCUGGCUGUGCAUCAGUUUGUUUGUCCCCCGUGAAUGCGCGCGCGGACACUUCGCGCACGCAGCCGUGUCUGCAGACUCGCUACGCUGUUCCGAGAUUGGCAGAGACAUCCUCCAGCAGGGUGGGUCAGCAGUAGAUGGCGCCAUUGCUUCUCUUCUCUGCACUUCGUUGGUUAAUCCUCAAAGCAUGGGGCUGGGAGGAGGAUCAAUAUUCACUAUAAGAGAUAAAACAGGCAAGGUGAGAGUCUUCAGCUCCAGAGAAACUGUUCCUCUGUCAUUCAAGCCUGACCUGCUAAAUGAUUGCCCCACCACAUUUAAAUUAGUUCCAGGCAUCCAGUGGACUGGUGUUCCCGGAGAGCUCCGAGGCUAUGAAGAAGUGCACCGCCGCUAUGGUAAACUACCGUGGGCCAAGCUGUUUGAGCCCACCAUUAAACUGGCCAGGGAGGGUUUCCCUCUGCCACCUUUUCUUGAACACCUCCUGACCAAUCCAAUCAUCAGAGACCUGGUGAAAGGCUCCUCUCUCUGUGAGUUGUUCUGCAACAACAAUAAAACGGUUCUGAGCAAAGGGGACACACUCAAAUUCCCCAAGCUGGCAGAGACGAUGGAGAUCGUUGCAGAACAAGGAGCUUUUGCCUUCUACAAAGGCAAGAUCGGAUCUGACUUAAUCGAAGACAUAAAAGCUGCAGGUGGGACGAUUACAAUGGAGGAUCUGAGAACUUUCCGGUUGCGGAUGGGCGAUGCUUGGACAAUUCCUAUAGGAGACAGUCUGUUGCACAUCCCGCCGCCACCUGCAGGGGGCGCCACGCUUGCGCUCAUUCUGAAUCUCAUGAAAGGGUUCAACCUCUCCGCAAAAUCCAUUGAGGGUGACCAGAAAAUCCAAACCUACCACCGUUACGUAGAAGCACUUAAAUUUGCAAAUGGGCAAAAGGGGAGCAUUAAGGAUCCUCAGUACACUGACACAACGACUGCAGCACAUUUGAUUGAUUCCCACUACGCUGAUCGGAUCAGGGAAAGGAUAUCGCCAGACCGUACUCACAAUAAUUCCUACUACAACGUCAAGCCUUCCUCGGACCACUACGGGACCACACAUGUGUCUGUCCUGGCUGAAGAUGGCUCAGCCGUCUCUGUCACGAGCACAAUUAAUCAAAUAUUUGGUGCAUCCGUUUACUCCCCCAGAACAGGCAUCCUUCUCAACAAUGAACUGAUUGAUUUCUGUGGGAGAGCAGCUUCUCUGAGGCCAGUUUCCUUUCAGAUCAAUUUGGUUGAAUUUUUCCCCCCAGGGGAACAGCCCCCCUCUUCAAUGGCUCCAGCUCUGCUGGAGUCCAAAUCUGGAGACAUAAUUGUGAUUGGAGGUUCAGGUGGCAGUAUGAUCACCACAGCAAUGGCCUCAUCUCUGAUAAAUCAUCUUUGGUUAGGGAAGAGUCUUGGCGAUGCCAUUGCUGCACCUGUGGUAUUUGUCGAUGCCAAGAACAACCUGAAAUUUGAGCCUGGAUUUGAAGGGUAUGUGAUAGAUGGACUGAAAGCUCUUGGACACAAGGUGGAGGAUUUUGAAUACUUCUUCAAUGUGGUCAAUGCCGUGGCAAAGGAGAAUAGGUGCAUCACAGCUGUGUCAGACAGAAGGAAGAUGGGCCAAGCAGCUGGAUAUUGAACUUGAGACUGGAUAUUAAACUUGAGACCGCAUGCCAAGAAGCAGGCUGAGCCAUACUUUAUUUGGACUGCAUCUUCAAUUUUGAGGUUAUUCCUUGUAGGCUCAGUAAGAGUAACACUUUAUCAUUAUGCAUCCUCAAAACGUGCUCUAUGCCACUCUCCUAUGCAGAGCUCUACGUCACAUCGACUGAAAGGCCUGUGCCCCAACUGACUGAUGAAUGAAACCAAGUACUUAAAUACAUGGCCAACACAUGUAAGAUUGUCAGUUUCAAGAUAUAGGAUACAGUUAUGUAUGAUAGUGGUCUGAACAUUGUUAAAGUUUUUAAAGAGCAGGGUAACCAAAUUGACAGAUGUGCUUCAAAAUACUUGAUAAAUGUGGGAGAUGUAUUGCUGUUGACAUGUUAAAAUGUGUUGAACCAUGUAUAGAACUGAUUUGCGGAGUUAGACCGUUUUUGGGUAUUUUUCCCGUUUUCCUUCCUUGAUUUUUUGGCCGGCUUCCUUGGUGACGUCGCCGGCUUCCUUUCGGCGCCACAGCCCCAGAGUCUGAAACCAGUGGACGCUGCAGAUUUUUACACGUUUUUGAAGCUUUGUUUUGUAUACUUCGCAACAUUUUUAAUCAUACAGAAUUGGCUCGGUGGUUACUGAUAUGUUUUCCGGGGGUAUGGGUAUCCCAAAACACAGAUUUGUGCUCAUUUACCCGCCACUUUAAUGAUAUAUUGUGAAAAAAGUACACAGACUAUCUUUCAGAAUCUGAAUCAGACUCAAUAUCAGACUCAAAAUCAGACUGAGAUUUAUUGGCCAAAUGUGCCUAUGCACACCAGGAAUUUGACUCCUGUCCACAGCAACUUCCAGCACUUGCAGACUCAAAAAACAAACAAAUAAAUAAAUAAAAGAAAACAAACAAAGAAAAGGAAGAAGAAAAAACCAGAAGAAACAAAUGGAACAACAACAGGACACUGGAGGCAAGCAUGUAUGCACAACACGUAUGGUGUUACUAUACAGAGUCUUGUUAUGGUUGACCAAUCAACAACCUAUGUCCAUAUAUUGUACCAUAUUGCUUUUAUACUAUAUUGCCCAUACACUGUACCAUAUACCAUACCACAACUCCACAACCCAUCAUGCCCAUAUACAAUACUAACAACACUACUUUUCUAUUGAAGAAAAUAUUUUGUUCAUGUUUCGUCUCACUUUCUUUUGUUGAGUUUUCCAUGGAUAAGUCCUGAAGGCAUAGUGGCUCUGGCAGUGCAGACUCCUGUCAAGUUCAUAAAGGCUAAAUAUUUUAGCGGUUUGAAUUUUUGCUUAUUGCAAAAUUCAAAAGUAGGCACUAGAAGGUGGAAGGCGCAGUCUGUUGAAAAUUAUUUAAUUGAUUUUUUUAGGUGGUAAAACAUAAUCCAUUAACUAAUUGUGAAUGCUAAGGUAAUGGACAUUGGUAUUUGCCAACAUGUGGAAAAAAAAUGUAGAGACGCUUCAAAUUAUAUUGGCUCUCUCGCAAUGGAUAAUGAAAACAAAAUAAAAAUAUAUGCUCAACAUGCUGCAAAAAGAAGUCAAGGGAAAAAGGGCAAAUAAGUGUAAAUAAAACAAAAAACUUCUCUUCGAAAUGCUGUAAGUUUAAUUUGGGGGUAAUAUCUUGAAAGAACAAGCUGUAUGUCCUUUUCGAACUCUUCAUCCUCUCCCUUUUUUAAUCACUGCACUGCGUUUAUUUUGUCCAAAAUACUGGAUAUGAUUUAUUUCUUCUUGAACUGGAUGUGACUUCCUCUGGGAUGACGGGAUGAUGUGAUGUCACUCACUUCCUGUUGGAGCAUGGGCGUCGGACUGGUGUGCUGUUACGUAUGCACGGCCUUAAACACAAUAAAAUGUGCCACCCUUAAA